UCAGCACCGGGGGCAGAGAGCCAGCCCGCAGAGCUAAUCCUCUUAUCUCUGCACGCAGCUCGGGAAGGGAUUUGCAAAAACUCACCAACAGGAAGACACCUUCUGGCAGCUCAUUCGAGUUACGUCUUAAAGAGAAGCCUGGACGUGUGCACAAAUGGAUAUUUGCGUCUCACCUUGCGCGUUUUGGUGUAAAUAGACAGAUCUGAUGAGUAAAUGAUGUGGCAGCUGUUGCCUGGGAGAAACUAUUGAAGUCUCUGACAUCUAUAUAAAUAUUAAUUAUUUCGCCAGCAUGUCGCUGACGCACAGCCUGGCGUUAACUUUAAUUGCGGCGGUUCUCUUGCGGAUCAGUGGCGAACCACUGACUCCAUCUGCGACGCAGUUAAAUUCAACAUCCACGUCCAUCAUCCUCGGCCACGAUGAGCUGACGGGUAAAAACGCCACGCACGGUGCCGUGGGAUCCCGGAUCUCACCUCUGAUGACUUACCUGCCAACUCUGAAAAACGUCGUUAUUUUCAUCUGCGUCUUGACAGCUUUGCUCAUCACAUGCUUGGUCAUCAAGGUGGUCAGGACUGGCAGAAAAAUUAGGAAAACUCGAAAAUACGACAUAAUUACCACUCCAGCGGAGCGAGUGGAGAUGGCCCCUCUGAACGAGGAGAACGACGACGAGGAUGACUCGACCCUCUUUGAUGUCAAAUACAGGUGAACCCCAUCUGGGAUAACUGUUGUUUUUGUAACUCUUUUUUUAUCCACCUCAACUCAACUUCAGUGGUUUUGCCAUCCAAGUGUCGUCACAACAGCGACUUCUGCUGCUUGUGCUUUACCUUAGUUGGAAAUGAACAGAUGUCAUUGUCUGCUGUUAUGCAAGCAUUUCUAUCAUAUUACCUAGAUAACUUGCUCAAUGUCUCUAAAACAAGACAUCAUGUCUCUUAUCUAUAAAACGUUAAAUGGUCCAGAGUUAUUCUUUUAAAAAAUAUUAUUCUUUAUUUUGACUUUAAUCUUUGGAUGUACUUUUUACACCUGAACUGCAGUUUAGGUAGACUAAGUUGGAGGUAGAAGGAACCAAAGUUUUUCAGCAUAACAUAACUAGAGGCAAAGUUUAUUAAUUGUCAGUGAAGGUUUUAAAAGAUCAGAAGCAUAAAAUAUUAUGCAGAAUAGGUGCUUUGUCUAUAAAACUCACAAGAAUAUUGUGAGCUUCAGCAUUACAUUUAUUUAUACCCAACAAUCACUUUAUCGUGCAUAUGUACUGUUAAAGGUUUUCUGACGUUUGUGUCUGCAGUGUUUGUGUGGUUUCAGAUUCAGUUUUAUGUUGCUGCUAUCAAGCUCAUGUCAGUCAGUCAGUGUUGUCAAGUUUGGCCUAAGAAUACUCUCAGGAUGUCUGUUGACAUGUGUUUGUUAUGAAUGUGAAGGCAGUAUGUUGUAUUUAAGCGUGUUUAAUUAGGGACUGAGCUGUGGCAGCAGCAGGUUCAGUGAUCAAACACCAUAACGACAUGUUGUCAGAGUUACAGAGUCUAAACAAGAUGAAAGUUUCUUAGUUAAGCUCCUGAAAUUUGGUCCCUUUUUGUUUAAAAUUGUUUUUAAAAAAGUUGCCCUCCAAACCUAUUGGUGUGGAUUGUAAAGAGGCAUAGAAAGCCUUAAAAUGAAUUCAUCUUGUACUGCAGCAGCAUAAUGUCACACAGAAAAUACAGCGCCUUUAGUUUUAAAUAUAUUUGAAUCACUUGCAGGAAAAUAAAAUCCUGCUGAUGGGCACUGAGAAUGAAAACUAUGAAACUAUGAAAGCUAUGGAUCUCCCCUGCAGAAUAUCACCCAAUACCAAUCUGCAGCUUGUUCUGCUUUGCAUGCAUUUGGGCAAAUUACAGCAAACGAGGAACAGGAAUGAAGCUAAUCAGCUGGCAUUGUUAAACAUGGUGACGUUUGACAGAUUUAAACAUAGUUUCUGAAGCCUUUGAUAAUAAGAAUAAUUGUUCUCCACCUCAUUAGUUUCAGUUCAGUCCGGUGUUUUGUAUGUGGUCUAUCAAUCAUUUUCACCAGAGGUUGUAUUUCAUAGAUUCACCAGCCUUAAAGUUAUUAUAAGAACUUGGGGUGAAAUGAUUGUUGAAGACCUUUGAUGAUGCACAGGUCAAAUUCUCUUCAAAAUAGAAAAAGACAGGAGGUGGAUAAGCAAAGUGGAAGGAUACUGAUUUUCAUUAGUUAGCAAAGUCCUACCAGAAGAUGGCUUCUUGCUUUAACUGGUUUGAGAUUAUGCUGCUGCAGCAAUAUCUGAAUUUAUAUUAAGGCUUUUUACAUCUUUUUUCAUCUCUAUCAGGGACUUUAACUGUGGUGAUUGCUGCAAAUAGCUGGUGAAAAAUAAAAUGUCUCCCUCUAAUAGCUUUUAUCUGAGUUAAAUGAGAUGGGUUUGUUCUCGUCCACAUUUAAUGUGCUGUUUUUACAGUUAAAUGCUUGCUUAAACACAAACCAGCUGAAGCUGCUAGCUAAACUUGCUUUUUUAUUUCAAGUUAUAAAUUUUUUUUGUAGAAUCAAAAAUACAUAAUUAAACAGUAAACAUUCCCAAUUAAAUUCAUUUUGUAUGUUUAAUCCAAAUGUGCAAAAUCUACCAAAAAACCUCUUCCCUCUCGGCACAAUACUGAACAGGACCAACUCAGGUUUCUACAGCUGAUGUAAGUUUAGGAGUGUGGAGGUGACCUUCUGUUUUAAUCCAAGCUGUUAUUUGAUAGUGCAUCAUAGCGUGUUCAUGCAGCCACCAACCUUUGUCAUUGUUCCCAGAUCCAAGUAAAUGUUUUAACUGGAUGAAGCAUAGUUUGAAUUUGUUUUCUUUUUAAAGAAUAAAAAAAUUUAAAAAUUUCAUACAUACAUUUCACAAUUUAUGCAAUCACACUAAGAAAAAUAUUAGUUUGAUGGUAAUGUUGACUGCAAGAUCAGGUCACAUUUUCUCCACAAGUUAUUUACUGCUCAUUACUUAUUAGAUAAUGUGAACUGGAAUACGGGCCUUUAAUGAAAUUCUGCUUUGGGCCCCCUACACUCUUGGACCAGCUUUGGAGGUCAUCGUGUUUUUAUUUUGUUUUUCUUUUAAAUUCAAGAAAACUAUGGACAUAUUCAUAGAACUGAAUCUGUUUCAUUCUGUAUAGGACCAAAAAUGUAUGCAGAAUUGUGUUGAUUGUCUACUUUUUGCAAACUGCAUAUCAUAUCUUGUUUUCCAUCAAUGUGUAUGAGCACUUCUCAUGUUGGUUUUGUUCAUUUUUGAAUCAUAUUAUUUCACUCUAUGAUCAGAAAUCUGUUGACCAGCUAAGUUUUUCUCAGGCUUGGACCCUUGCUAUUGUCUCUUAACUCUGUUUUUAACGUGUGUGUAAAACUGUGGAAAAAUCCUCCUCAUGCAGAGAUGCUAAUUAUAGACUUUUAUUCGUUUGAGUCAUCUGCUACAGAGAGUUGUUCUUGUUAAAAAUCAGCUGUGGCUGUGAAGACAUAAAAAAAAAAAAAAAAAGUUUAAGCUGUUUUAAAAGUUUCUGGAAAACAAGUUUUACACAGAUGUUGUGUGUAAACGGGUCUGUUUCCUCAGUUUCCAUGUCUUUACAACAUUACUGGAAUAAAACGUAAUCUUUUUGAA